AUUACUGCUUAAGAAAUACUUUUUGGAACUACGGCUUGUGUUACACCAUAUUUUACUUAUCUGAAAAUUCUGCAUCAGAAAAGUAACUAUGUGGAUGAAGAUAGUAUGGGCGGCGGCCCUGUGCUGUUUCAUGGGUGUGAUCAUUGCUCAGCAGCAGACGAGUAAAUGCGAACAGCAGUUCCAGAGCAACCUGUACACGUGUCUACAGAACCAGUCCCUGGACGUGAAGAACUUCCUCUGGUUCGUCACAAACAAGACUGGGGGCCAGGCACCCGCCGACCAGGCUUCAUUCAAGACCCAGGUUUGUGGGAAGCAGAGAUCCGUGUUUCAGUGCGGCAUCGGCUUCAUGCGCGCUCUGAUGGCGCCAAACAGUCCGUGCGCCAAAAUGACGCCGCCGACUCAACCAGGCCAGGCCGCGCCCGCGCCAGUCGAUAUGAGGAAGGCAGUCGAAUCCCAGUUCUGGUCGUUUUUCGGAACACUCGACAGCGCAUGUGCUCAUCCUUGCCGUCGAACGUUGGCGAAUGAUUUAAAAGGGUGUUACGACGCCGCUGGUUUAGACUCCGCCCUCUUCCUGUCAAACACGAGCAUGAGUCGAGGGGCGGUAAUCGGCACACAACCCGACCAAGUGAAACUCUUCUGUGAAAACAACGCCAAGCUGGUGACCUGCAUGAAGCAGAAGAGGAGCGACUGUCCUGAGGCUCCGCUCGUCCUGCGGGCCAUCGGACUCGACAUCGAGUCUAUGGACAAGGGGGUCAAAGUCCUCUGUAAACACCAGAAAGACUACCUGAAAGGAAUCCCAUGUUUCGCCGAGCCCACGGACAAGGUUGUGAGUUGUCAGGAGGACCAAGGCAAGAAGAUGAUGCAGCUGAUGAUGGCCACUCAGCAAGGACUCAACGAGAGCACCUACUUCGUGGAAUUCUGCAGAAUUCGACUGGAUCACGUCAAGUGCGACCUCGGCGCAUGGGCGCAGAAAAAGCACGAAGCUUGCAACCAAGGCGUCAUAGGCCUGCGCACUGAGCUCGAGUGCACGCUACUUCCGGAUCAGUGCUCGACCGCCCAGAAGGAAAAGAUAGCAGACGUAUGUCACGUGGACAAGUUCUUCAAACACCUUCGAGCCGGCGCAGGUGGAGGGGGCGGGGCUUCGGCUACGUCUGUCACGUUCGCUUUGUUUGGGGUCACAAUCCUAGCUUUAACAUUGAUAGUGUGAAAUUACACGAUGUGAGAAAACCAUAAUAUACUGACUCACUGCAGGCGCAACAAAUAAAUAAAUUUUGAAUACACACAUCAUUGAAAAAACUAUUUCUUUGAAAUUAAAAAAAAAGAAACAUAUAUCAUCAAAAUAAUAAUAAUAAUAAUAAUAAUAAUAAUUACAAGCACGUGCAUACAGUGCGUAUGGUUGACGGCGGGCCUGUUUAUUUAGUUUAAAUGGGAAAUUGUUAAAUCUAAUCGAAAUGAGAUUUUACUGGUCUAACAAAAGUUGACAUGGUCGUUCCUGUAAAAUUAAUUGGGGGUUGAGGGGUGGGGUGGAGGUGGGGGGCAGUAGAAAUAAAAUCAUUAAAAAUAAAAUCAGGUCACAGUAAUAUGGUCUACUCCAGAUCCAUAAAAAAAAGCGCAUUAAUAGCUUGGCAUACACUUGCCGACUCAGCUGUCAGCACUUGUUUGGAAUAAGUGUCCUAGCCGACGUAACCAUUCUUGUUGGCGUUUCGCAAAAUCCGAUACCGGUAGCUUCUGAAGAUGACGUCACAAGACUACAGAUUAGACAUCACAGUCGCGUCUUUUCCCCCAGCACGCAUCUAUCGACUUUAUCAGUGUGUGUUAAUCGGCAAGUGUGUGCCAAGCACACGUUGCAUACAUUGGGGAUUUUUUUUUGUUAUAUAAAGAGUCACCUGCCCCUUCUCCACCUCACUUUAUCUCGCUAGGUAAUGCAUCAGUUAACCCGUGUCUAGAUUCCUUCUCAUUGGAAUUAUAAUUAAAACACGGCUGGCUUAAGCUUUAAAGUACCGUAGAAUGUAUCUGAGUGACUGUUAUCAGACCACCAAGAUGUAUCACACAGUAAGAUCUUAAUUCUAUCAUUUUUAUGUUUAAAAAAAUUGUUGUUCAAUCUUAGGUGGUUACAGUAAUAGAGUAAAACAUAGCUAUCUUCCAUGCAUGCCCGGGUUACAUCCAGCUACAUGUUAUUUUUGUUUUGUUUAUCCACGGUAUAUAUUUUUUGACACCCGCGGUAUCUUUCGGAGUAGCGUUAUUUCGAAAUUCCAUAUAAAUGUCGGGUAUAACGAACUUUGCUGUCUCGAAUUUCAGUAAAUCUAAUACCAGUAAAAGGUAUUUCUGCAUGAAAAGAUUAAUAAUAUUGCACUUUCAUUUCAUGUGUGGCAUUUGUAGUCGAUCUGUUAGUAAACCUAUUCGUGUCCAUUUGUUGGUCAACAACGAUAUUUCGAACUAAUCGAUGUUACCUGGUCGUGUCCCUUUGUCGGUCAGCAACAAUAUGUCGAGCUAAUCGAUCUGUUAUCUUAUAAUUCGAGAUAGUGAAGUUUGACUGUACUCCGAUGUUGUGAAUUGUGAUCAUGCAUGAAGCCAACUUGGCUGAUAAAAUGACCACAGUUAAAAAUUUGUUUUCUGUUAACGUUUGUGACGUAGUACAUGAAUGUAGAUUAGUAUCUAAACCGAGGCUUUGGCUACUGCUCAUGGAACGUUGGCAGGACUCUUUGGAGGAUGUGUCCAUGACAGGCAUGCUUCAACAUUUCUCUGAUGGCAGGAGGCAUGUCAAAAAUUGUCGAAAUCCACAUCCACUGGACUGCGGUCAGUACAUAUAGGUUUUGUCGCCGACAUCUCUUCACUGUUUAACUGGUAGUCGAUCUGUCAGUUAUUUACCAUUCAGCCAGUGGUCUAGCGAGCGUUUUAUGUCACUUGGCGCUCGCGUCAGUUGAACGCAGGGCUUGUCUUCGUAUUGGAGUCUUUAUAAUCUAGACGUUUCUAAGCAUAGCCACAGUUUCGUACAAUUGUGAAUGUCUUGGGGGCGGGAAAUGUCCUUUGUGUUACGUGUUGUUCUGUAUUUGGUUAUUAAUUCAAAUAAAAUAAUACGACAGCA